AUGUACAGGAGCAUUGCGAGACGAGCGAACACGAAGAAUGCGGAUAAAGGAGCACUUUCAGAUGAUGCCAAUCAAACGACAGCAAUUGAUAACACAAAUGAUAUCGUUGCUCUUGAAGGCAACGGUAAUGCUCGCAGUGCGAAUAUUGAACAAACAAGACGCGAGUUAUGUUCAAUUUCU